AUAAAAUUCGAGAAGUGAUGAGUGAAAUGGACCUGAUUUAUGACAAGGACGAUUUGCGGGCUUUGCAGUACAUUUGCGCUGUUGUGUCUCUCAGAGCUGCUCAACUGGUUGCUAUUUGUGUGGGAUACUUGCUGACAAGGAUGAACAAGCCAACAGCAACAAUUGCUGUGGAUGGAUCAUUGUACAAGAACCACCCAAGGCUGAAGGGACUUAUGGAUCAUUACACAGCAGUUUAUGCACCUGGUUGCAAGUUUCAAUACAUGCUGGCUCUGGAUGGAAGUGGAAAGGGUGCUGGGAUGGUGGCAGCCAUUGCAAAAAGACUCACAGAGAAAAGGACAAAGAGUGAAUCUGAUCCCAACUGAGAACUUUUUGCUAAACUUUCUUUGCAAUACUGUAUGUAGAAAUGGAUCUUCUUGAGAAUAAUUGCAGUGUUUUUCAUGUAUGAUUCCUUUCCUCACUCGAAAAAAAAAUCGGAAUUACUAUACAAGAGAGUAAAGGGGAACUGGUUUUAUCUUUGAAAAUAGAUAA